AUGGCUGAGGAGCAUCACAUCGCGGGCUACGACGCAACCACCUUCUUCAACAUGCACGACUACGACAGUACUGGUCUAUGGACUACCGUCGACAUCCGCAAAACCUACGGUCUCGAAGACCCCUCCAGCGCCUCCAUCUCCGAAACCAAGAAACAAAUGGUCGUCCAGACUAUUUUAGACAUGUUCGAUAUCAACAAGGACGGUUCCAUCACCUUGGCUGAGUUCCUGCAAAAGGAUUCGGAGAACGUCAAGCUCCCGGACUUCGGCAUGGGCCCAGGGCACCACGGUGACGACGAGUACGAGUACGAGAUCCAUCAUUGGGAGAAGUACCACAGCGGCGACGAUGUGAAGGAGGAGGACCUGAACCACCCAGAGGACAUUGCGCAUUUCAAGAUGCAUGAGGAGAAGGAGGCGGCACAAGAGGAGUGGGAGAGGCUCGAGCUCAGAGGCGUCGUGGAAAAGAACAUUCCCCAGAAAUACAGGCGGAAUUGA